AAAAAAAAGAAAAUGACUUCGGAUGUUGUUGAGGAACCAACUGUGGUGGAAGAGGAGGAAUAUAUAUACGUACCUCAAAUUAUUCAGAAAUUAGUUACUGAUUUUGCAUUGCACGGAGGGUUUAUAAAAGUCAACGAUUGCCAUAUUGAUCCAGACAAACGCAUUUUAUACAUGUAUCGUAAAACCGAGGAAGGUAUUCCCAACUUUGAUCUCCCCGAGCAGGCCGACCUUGAAAUGCCCAAUUAUUUUUUAAUUGGAAUGACAACAGGAAAUUUUCUUCACUCAAUAACAACCAUUUCAAAAAAGUUAUUUGUACCACUCUUUCAAAAAUCAUUUAUGGAGCCAGGUGUAAAGAAGAUUACUGCCGCAAAUAAGCAUAGGAGAUCAACAUUUGACGAAAAGACUGGUCAAAAACAACAAUCACUAAGCAAAAGAAUAUCACUGAAGUCUCAACAGCAGUUGUCGUCACUGCAGGAAAAAAUAUUACAUGCUGAUGAAAGGGAUAAUAUUGAUUCCAAUACCAUACCAAUUAGAAGUGAACUUUUGGGUGAGGUUGAAGGGCUCAUAUCUGCUUUAGAUUGGGUUAGCGAUCAUGUGGAAGAUGAACUUGAUUUACCGAUGACGGAUUUAACCGAUAUACUCUAUUCGGGUCGCACUGAUGAGGAGCUGAUUCGAGAUCCUAGUGUAAUUGCUAAUUUGGAGGAAGUUGUAAUGGGUUGGGAGAGACACAUUCUCAAGCUUAUAGAAAUUUACUUGGCAAAGACACCCGCAGGUAACGGUCCCCUGCCAGAAUUCGAAUAUUGGCAUGAGAGGGAAACAGCAUUCAGUUCAAUUGUAGAACAGCUGAAGAAACCCACUUUGAUACGAAUUAGCAAUAUUUUGGAAAUAGCCAGAUCACCUGUUAUAGAUGGUUUCAUCCAUUAUCAGGUUGACUUGAAAAGACAUUAUCUGGAGGCAAAGGAUAAUGUUAAAUUUUUGUCGACAAUCAAAAGGCAUUUAAAGACAAUUACAUUUGGGACAGAUUUUCAAAAAAUUAUAAACUGCAUUCCUCUGUUGAUAGAAGGUUUGCAUUUAAUUUGGGUUUUAUCAAGGUAUUAUAACAGCGAUGAAGUUAUGGUACCUUUUAUGGAAAAAAUUGCUUGGUGUCUAUUGGAUAAGGUGCGAAAGAGGCUUAAUAACGAGAUGUUGUUUAGAAAACCUAUCAGCGAAGUGCAAAAAUUAACGUUAGAUGCUGAAACUAUGCUGGAAACAUGGAAAAGUACUUAUAUGGAAACUAGGCAAAAAAUUGAGGAUUCCGGUAAAGGGGAGCGCUGGGAAUUCGAUAGGAAAAGAUUAUUUGCAGCUUCGGAUUAUAUGGCAACGGUUUGCAAGGACUUAUAUGAAGUAGCUACGGUAAUUUAUCACUUUAAAAAUAUAUUUGGAGCUGAACUAAGGGCUAUCGUCAGCGAUCCCCAAAGCAUCGACAAUGUAGCAAAGCGAGUUGACAGACUUGUGGUUCAAAUCGAAAACACAGACUUUGAUAUAUUUGAUGCGAACAGUAAGGAAAACUGGGAAGCCAUUAUGGAAUUGUUCCGUAAGGAAGUCCAUAAAUUAGAACUUGAAGGGGUUAAUUUUAUAGAUCAGAGUUUUAAAAUGAUAAGAUCUUCCGAAGGUGCUUUAGAAAUGCUUCUGAAAUUCAAGCACAUUGAAACGCGUCAACUGAUACAAAAUAAGUUGAUGUUAAAAUUUGAUGUGAUAUUAGAUCAGUAUAUGAAGGAGCUGUUAGCCGUCGAAGACCACUUUACGCGGAAUAAGCGACAUCCCGUUCUAUGUAGAAAUAUGCCUCCCCAUGGUGGUGCCAUCUACUGGGUGCGACUUUUAUAUUUUAAACUGAAGCGACCCAUUUUGAAAUUUCAAAAAGUUGAGGAGUUGAUGCAGUCUCACAUGAAAAAUCAAGUUUUCACAGCAUAUUUGAAGCUUGCCAAAGAAUUGAAAGCUUACGAGCAGGGUAAACUGGAAGAGUGGUUGGAAAUGUUUGGACCCACGAUGGAACGAGCGAUGCAGAUGGAUAUACUGAAGCUUGCCAAUUCAAGUAAAAGGAAGGAAGGCAUCAAGCCUAAUAAAAUCGCUAGAUCUGCUAGUUUUACUCCAAUUCAGAAAAGUGCAAAGAUGCCAAGGCCAUCGAGUAAAACCGGUUCCACCAAAUCUGUCACUUCUAUUAUGGAACGAAUCACUUUGAAGCACCUCACCUGGCACGAGAUCAUGGGUAAUUCAACAGUGGCAGAUUUGGGAAUGCAGUUUGAGUUAAAUUUUGACAACAGUUUAUGGAGUUGUUUCCAGAGUGUGGAAAUCCUGGAGACCCUACAGUUUAAUUUACCGGAGAAUAUCAGAAUGGUAGCCAUUAGAAAAGAAAAACUACAGAAGUGCAUAAAUGAGGUGGAAUCCAUGGUUAAUCAGUACACUGACCUAAUAGACAAACUAAGUGACCCACAAAUGUAUCUGUUAAGAGACAAUUUACGGAAUGUCGAGCUGCAUAUACAACCGGGGUUGAUGAGAAUUAAAUGGUCUUCUCUGGGCAUCACCGAAUAUGCAGAAGAGUGUACGUCUCUAAUAACGAAUUUGCAGACUUUGUACAUUCAAAUCGAACACAUAGAAAAAGAUCUACAUAAAAGAAUAAGAACUUUGGCUAAUUGCAACUUAUUUGAUUUUGUAACUGUGGAGGAAAAUCCAGCGAGGUUGAGCUGCAAAGAUUUCUUCAAAGUGAUGACAGACAUUCGCACAGAGAAAAUAUCAAAACUAAUGAAGGUGUACGAAUCGUUCAGUCCUAUACUCAUCAAGCUGGAAGUCAUGGUCUUGAGUACUAACACAGGAAAAGCUCCCGCUAUGGCGCCAUAUUAUUUGUUCUGGGAAACAGAAAUAUACAAGGCAUUUAUACACAUGGUUAUCAGAAAUUUUGAAACUUUGAUUUCUAAAAUAGAUAAAAAGGAACUUCUCUUUCAAGUCGAUGCUGUGGUAGUAAUGCCAGAGGUAGUGUUGAGACCUAGUGCACCUGAAAUCUAUAACUUCAGUAUAAAAAAUGCUAAAGAUUUUUUAAAUAGAUUGACGCUGUUCCCGAGGUGGUUAAAUGAAUCAUGUAUAAUGUGCCAUCCAAUCAAAGUUUCAAAUGAAGAGGAAUUUUUAUAUUCCUUUUAUGAGGAAAUCCUAAAAGUGCAUGAUGUGGUAGAAGUCAUAGGAAGAGUAUCCGAAUAUGUUCAGAAAAUCAUUGCAGUUGUUAGUAAAGAAUUACAGAAGUGGAAAAAGUACAGGAGUUUGUGGUCGUUUGAAAAAGUCUCUACAUGCGAAAAAUUUAUAUCAAAGAAUACUUCUCUAUCCAUGUACGAUGACAAAUUUAUGUUUUAUAAUGAUAUUGUUACACAUAUAAGAACUCGCAAUAGCUAUAUUGACGCAGAGUGUAUCAGAUUAAAUUUGGCACCAUUAUUUGACAUAAUAGAAUUCCAUUGCAAUGAAUGGAAAACAACUUUUGGAAAUUUACUUGAUACAGCGACUAAAACUACUAUGGACGAAAUGAAAGAAAAAAUUGAUAAUCUAAAAAUUUUGGUGCGUCGAAACAUUAAAGGUUUAGAUAGAUUUAAGGCUAUUAUGCAAGCCAUAGCCACAAUUCAGAAAAGUAAUAUAAACGCCGAAUUGGACUACUUGAGCUUUCAGCAGAUUUACGGGAUUUUGCGUCAACACAAGAUAGAUUUUCCACCAGAACAUGAAGAAAUGGCUUAUAGACUGCAGAAGGAAUGGAAAGAGCUGCUUCUAUCUGCCUUGUACCGAGAACAGACACUCGAAGCUACUAAAGAAAGAUUUGCAAUUUUAACAUUAAAUGAGAUUAACGAGUUUUGUGACAUGCUUGCAGAAUUUCUUGACAAAUAUGAAAUUGAAGGACCUGGAGCUGUUGGGGAAGAUCUGGAUGCUGGUGUGAAAUUGAUGGAUGAUUAUAGAGAACAGUUUGCAACUUUAGAGAAUCGUCGCAUCGAAUUGGUCAAUGCAGAAAGUUUGUUUGAUAUUCCUUUAGCAGAUUACUCCAAUUACUUAAAAGCUAAAACUGAUUUUGAGGGUAUGGAGGUAUUGUACAAACAGUAUAAAUCUUUAAAGCAUGCUCGGGAAGUAUGGGGUAAAACAUUGUGGGCAAAUUUAAAUCCUCAAGCAUUAGUAGAUGGUAUUGAUGGUUUUCUAAAAGAAUAUAGGAAGCUACCUAAGGAGAUAAAGUUGCUUUCUGUUGGUCUAACCCUUGAACUGAAAAUGAAGCAAUUUAGAAAUGUGGUGCCUCUAAUGGUGGCCUUGAAAAAUGAGGCAUUAAGGGAGCGCCAUUGGAAGCAACUUAUGGUUAAAACAGGCAGGGAAUUUGACAUGUCACCGGACCGAUUUACUUUGGAUAACAUGUUUGCCAUGGAGUUACAUCGGUAUCAGGACAUUGCGGAAGAAAUUAUUAACAAUGCUAUAAAAGAAUUGAGUAUAGAAAAAGGAGUAAAGGAAAUAGCAGAAGUGUGGGCCACGAUAAGUUUCCUUGUUCACAAGCAUAUGAAAGGCAAUGAAGAUCGUGGGUUCAUAAUCGGUGCAACAGAAGAUAUUAUGCAAGUUCUUGAGGAUAACUCAAUGAAUCUUCAAAGUAUGGCCGGAUCUCAGUUUGUAGGGCCCUUUCUCCCUCAAGUUCAGAAAUGGGAGAAAAGUUUAGCUAACAUCGGAGAAGUUAUAGAUGAGUGGUUAUCUGUUCAAAGGAAGUGGUUGUACUUAGAAGGAAUUUUUGUUGGAGGAGAUAUUAGGGCACAACUUCCUGACGAAGCCAGGAAAUUUGAUGACAUAGAUAAAUCUUUCCGGAAAAUUAUGUUAGAAACCGCCAAGAGACCAAAUGUAUUGGAGUGCUGUAGUGCGGCGGGACGAUUAGAGGAAUUUCUGGGACUAGGGUAUGGUUUAGACAGAUGUCAGAAGUCCUUGAAUGAUUAUCUCGACUCCAAGAGAAGACGAUUUCCAAGGUUUUACUUUAUAUCAACUGAAGAACUUCUAUCGAUAUUGGGAAGUAGUGAUCCCAACGUAGUGCAAGAUCACAUAAUAAAAAUGUUUGAUAAUAUAAAAUCAUUACGAUUUAAUUUAGAUAACCAGGAACGUACCAUAUGUACAGCUAUGAUAUCUGCAGAACGUGAGAUUAUGGAUUUUAGAAACCCAGUUCUCAUAGAGGGUAAAGUAGAAGAAUGGAUGAACGAAGUUCUUAAAGAGAUGCAACGUUCAAACAGGUUUAUCACAAAAAGUGCUAUUUUCUACUAUGGAAAGAUCAGAAGACCGAGAGCGCAAUGGAUGUUAGAAUAUCAAGGCAUGAUUUGUUUAGCAGGUAGUGGGGUUUGGUGGACAGCAGAGGUUGAAAACGUUUUCUCUAAGAUCAAAAAAGGAAAUAAAAGAGCAAUGAAGGAGUAUUUAGAACAGCUCAAUAAACAGUUAGAUGAGAUCGUACUAACAGUUAGAGCUGAAUUGAGUUCCAAUGACAGGAAAAAAUUUAGAACGAUAGCGAUUGUUGAGGUCCAUGCAAGAGAUAUAGUAGAAGGUUUUGUUAGAGAUAGUGUUACUGAUGCUCAGGAAUUUGAAUGGGAAAGUCAGCUGAGGUUUUAUUGGAUCAACCAACUGGAUAAUCUGUGGGUAACACAGUGUACUGGAUCUUUUGAAUAUGGCUACGAAUAUAUGGGAUUAAAUGGUAGACUUGUCAUUACUCCAUUGACGGACAGAAUUUAUCUAACAAUCACCCAAGCACUGAUAAUGCAUAUGGGUGGAGCUCCCGCUGGUCCGGCUGGCACUGGGAAGACAGAAACUACCAAAGAUUUAGCUAAAGCAAUGGCAUUACUUUGUGUUGUCACAAAUUGUGGAGAAGGGAUGGACUUUAAGGCAAUCGGUACAACACUGGCAGGUUUGGCCCAAUGUGGUGCUUGGGGAUGUUUUGAUGAAUUCAAUAGGAUUGAUAUAUCUGUGUUGUCCGUCAUAUCUACUCAACUACAAACUAUUAGAAGUGCUCUAUUAAUGAAAUUGGAACGUUUCACUUUUGAAGGUGUAGAAAUAGCAUUAGAUUCCAAAGUUGGAAUAUUCAUUACUAUGAAUCCUGGAUAUGCUGGCAGAACAGAAUUACCAGAAUCAGUUAAAGCACUUUUUAGACCCGUUGUUUGUAUUGUACCUGACUUGGAAAUGAUUUGUUUGAUUUCUUUGUUUUCUGAUGGAUUUUUAGAAGCAAAAGUUCUGGCUAAGAAGAUGACAGUGCUAUAUAAGUUAGCUCGAGAACAACUUUCAAAACAGUUUCAUUAUGACUGGGGACUUAGGGCUCUCAAUUCUGUUUUACGAAUGGCUGGUGUCUUGAAAAGGGCAUCUCCUGACAUAAAAGAAGCCUUGGUCCUUAUGAGAGCUUUGCGAGAUAUGAAUCAUCCCAAAUUUGUAUAUGAGGAUGUACCCUUAUUUUUGGGAUUGAUUCGUGAUCUUUUCCCUGGAAUGGAUUGUCCAAGAGUAGGUUAUCCAGACUUUAAUGCUGCUGUAGAGACGGUGCUUGCGACAGAUGAAUAUAUUGUGUUACCAUAUCAGGUGGAUAAAGUUGUACAAAUGUAUGAGACGAUGAUGACGAGGCAUUCAACCAUGUUAGUGGGACCGACAGGUGGAGGCAAAACUGUUGUAAUUCAAACUUUAGCGAAAGCUCAAAACUUAAUGGGAUUGCCAACAAAGAUAUUUACUUUGAAUCCCAAAGCUUGUUCGGUAAUCGAGCUUUAUGGUAUUUUAGAUCCGUUAACACGUGAUUGGACAGAUGGUCUCUUAUCGAAUAUAUUUAGAGAUAUGAAUAAGCCCACAGAAAAACAAGAAAGGCGAUACAUUCUAUUUGAUGGAGAUGUCGAUGCAUUAUGGAUAGAAAACAUGAAUUCUGUAAUGGAUGAUAACAAACUGUUAACUUUAGCCAAUGGUGAGAGGAUUAUGUUGCAACAACCAGUCUGCGCUUUGUUAUUUGAAGUUGGGGAUUUGCAGUAUGCUUCUCCAGCCACUGUUUCUAGGGCUGGUAUGGUGUAUGUCGAUCCUAAAAAUUUAGGAUUUCAACCAUAUUGGGACAGAUGGGUUUCCAGAAGAAAGCAUGUGCCUGAGAGAGAAGCUUUCCAGGAGCUAUAUGAAAAGUUUAUACCAGAUAUAAUGGCUUACGUUUUAGAAGGAGUUUUAGGAACAAAACAAGUUAACCCUUUGAAAACAGUUAUCCCACAGACUGGAUUAAAUAUGAUUACUCAGAUGUGUUUCAUGAUUGAUGCAAUUUACCCACAGAACAUUGAAGAUGUUCGAGAUCCAGAGGAACCAGCAGAUCAGGAUUUAUUGACAACAAUUUUUAUUACUGCCAUCUAUAAUUCAAUUGGAGCUGCCUUAUUAGAUUCUGGUAGGAAGGAUUUUGACGAAUUUGUCAAAUCAUUAAUUACAAUGUUAAACGGGGAUGACACUAUCGAUAAUAAAUGUGAUUUGAGACACAUUCCAAAUGCAUUCCCUUCAUUUUAUGAUUAUUUUCUUGAUAUUAAGGAGAGAGUUUGGGUUGCUUGGGAAUGGUUGGUGCCAGAGUAUAUACAUGACCGAGAAAAAAGGUUCUCUGAGAUAUUAGUACCAACCGUUGAUACAAUACGAACCACUUACUUACUUCAGUUAAUGAACCAAAUAAGGAGACCGAUCAUAUUGAUAGGAGAAACGGGGACAUCGAAAACUGCUAUUAUUCAAGACUUUUUACGAAAUUUGGAUCCAGAAAUAUACAUUUUAUUAAAUAUUAAUUUCUCAUCGAGAACUUCUUCAAUGGAUGUACAAAUGAAUUUAGAAUCUUCGGUAGAAAAACGAACAAAAGAGAUUUAUGGACCUCCUCUAGGAAAGAAAUUGGUCUGUUUCAUGGAUGACAUGAAUAUGCCACAGGUUGAUGAGUAUGGAACACAGCAACCCAUCGCUCUCCUUAAGUUAUUAUUUGAAAAGGGAGGAUUUUAUGAUAGAGGCAAAGAUCUUAAUUGGAAAAUUCUUAAAGACAUAUCAUACUUUGCAGCAAUGGGUGUUGCAGGGGGUGGUCGAAAUGAAGUUGAUCCCAGAUUUAUGUCCAUGUUCACUGUUAUAAAUUUAGUAUUUCCAUCUGUAAAUACUCUGAAGCAUAUAUAUACAUCAAUUUUAUCUGGGCAUCUUUCAAUAUUCGAUGAAGAGGUUCAAAUUGCUUCUACUCUAAUGGGUAUAACCUUAAAUUUGUACAGUACAAUAAUUAUUCAACUACCUCCAACACCCAGUAAAUUUCAUUAUAUUUUUAAUAUGAGAGACUUAUCAAGAAUAGUAGCUGGACUGUGCAUUACAACUCCUCAGUUUUUCAAAACCGUGCCUCAAAUGGUACGAGUAUGGAGAAACGAAUUUACUCGAGUAAUAUGUGAUCGUUUGAUAAACUCUGAAGACCAGAAUUUAAUGACGAAUCAUAUAAUUACCCAAUUACGCCAAGUUUUUCCUAAAAAGGAGCCUCCUCCUAAGGUACAAGUGGAUGAAGAUGAAGAUUUUGCUUUGGAAACCGAACCAGAAGGGGAGGAACAAGAAGCACCAGAGUUAGAGGAAAUUGAUAUAGUUGACUAUACGAUGAGGAACCCUCUUCUUUUUGGAGAUUAUCGAAAUGCUUCAAAUGAGGGAGAACCUCGACACUACGAGGAUCUUUUAGAUUAUGAGGCUAUUUACUUUUUGUUUCAAGAAAUUCUUGAAUUAUAUAACGAACAGAAGGAAAAAGUAAAUAUAGUAUUAUUUGAUGAUGCACUCGAGCAUUUAACGAGAAUCCACAGAGGUUUAAGGCUACAAAAGGGUCAUGUCAUGUUGGUAGGAGUUGGUGGAUCUGGGAAAAGAAGUUUAACAUUACUGUCAGCUUUUACCGCUGGUUGUGAGGUUUUUGAUAUAACUUUAUGUAGAGGUUACAAUGAAACAAUGUUUAAAGAGGAUUUGAAAAAACUAUACAACAGAUUAGGUGUUGAGAGAAAGAAAACUGUGUUCUUCUUUACCGCUAGCCAAAUUGUUGAGGAGGGAUUUCUGGAAUUCAUUAAUAAUAUAUUGAUGAUUGGAUAUGUUCCUUCUUUAUUUACUGAUGAUGAUAAAGAACAAAUAAUCGGUCAGUGCAGGACGGCUGCUAAGAAUGCAGGAUUUACCAUCACGAAAGAUGGUGUGUGGCAGUAUUUUCUGCAACAGUGUCAAGAUAAUUUACAUGUGGUAUUAUCGAUGUCCUCAUCUGGGGAUAUUCUCAGCAAACGCUGCAGAAGCUUUCCAGGUCUAGUUAAUAAUACUACUAUUGACUGGAUAUUUCCUUGGCCUUUGCAAGCAUUAGAGUCGGUGGCUUCUGUUUUCCUCAAAGACAAUCCAAAAAUACCAGAAAUAUAUAGAGGUAACAUUAUUAAACAUGUGGUAAGAGUACAUGAGUUGGUUAUUCAGUAUACAGUCGAUUAUUCCAUUAAACUGAGAAGAAAAAAUUAUAUAACACCAAAGCAUUACUUGGAUUUUAUAGCUACGUAUUUAAGGUUAUUGGAGGAAAAAGACAAUUACAUCAAUACGCAGUGUGAAAGAUUAAAGAGUGGUUUAACAAAAAUAGCUGAGGCUAGUGUUGACUUGGAUGUUUUAAAUAAAAAACUGGGUGACCAGAAAGUCAUUGUAUCUGAGGCUACAGAAGCCUGUGAGGCUAUGCUUAUAGAAAUUGAAGCAGGUACGAGGGUAGCUACAGAAAAAAAGGAUGUAGCCUCUCUAAAAAGUACGGAAAUUGAGGAACAAGCACGGAUUAUCAUGAUAGAACAAGCAGAUGCUGAAGAAGCUCUGUCCGCUGCUUUGCCAGCUUUGGAAACAGCUAGGAUAGCCCUAUCAGACUUGGACAAGUCUGAUAUUACGGAAAUUCGAUCGUUUGCCACCCCACCUGAACCCGUUCAAAUUGUCUGUGAAUGUUUAGUCAUUUUAAGAGGUUUGAAAGAGGUUUCAUGGAAAAGUGCCAAGGGAAUGAUGGCAGACCCAAAUUUUUUAAGGUCCUUGCAGGAAAUGAAUUGUGAUGCAAUAACCCAGACACAAGUUAGAGCCGUUAAAGCGCACAUGAGCAAGUCAAAGAAGCUAGAUGAAAUGGCUAGCAUCAGCAAAGCUGGCUUUGGUCUAUUAAAAUUUGUCCAAGCUGUACUAGGUUACUGUGCUGUGUUUAGAGAAGUGAAACCAAAAAAAGAUAGAGUGGAACAGUUGCAGAAUGAGUAUAAUUCAGCUAAACGCUUUCUUGAUAAGCUUUACAAUGAAAUUUCACAGUUAGAAGAAGAUUUGGAUAAACUGAAUCAAAAGUAUGAGGUUGCCAUGAAACGUAGGCAAGAACUGCAAGCAGAAACUGACAUCAUGAUGAGAAGACUAGAAGCAGCAGAUAAACUUAUAUCAGGUUUAAGUUCUGAACAGGCACGUUGGACAGAGGAUUUAAAGGAACUCUAUCGAGAAAAAGAACGGUUAGUGGGAAAUUGUUUGAUUUGUGCUGGAUUCCUAGCAUACUGUGGACCCUUCACCUUUGAAUACAGAAGAGAUUUAGUAUAUGUAGAAUGGCAGAAUGACAUCCUUAGUAGGAAUUUACCUCUUUCACAGCCUAUAAAGUUAGAAUCCAAUCUAACCACUGAUGUGGAAAUAAGUAUUUGGACUUCUGAAAACCUUCCACCGGAUGAAUUAUCAGUACAAAAUGGAAUAUUAACUAUAAGGGGCUCCAGAUUUCCCUUAUGCAUUGAUCCUCAGCAACAAGCGUUAAAUUGGAUUAAAAAGAAAGAGGAAAGAUGUAACUUAAAAGUGUUGAGUUUCAAUGAUUCUGACUUUUUAAAACACUUAGAUAUGUCCAUUAAAUAUGGAUCUCCAGUACUUUUCCGUGAUGUAGACGAUUAUAUCGACCCAGUUGCUGAAAAUGUUAUACAGAAAAACGUUAAAAGUGUCAGUGGGCGGGUAUUUGUAGUACUUGGUGAUAAAGAAGUUGACUGGGAUCCUAAUUUUAGAAUGUACAUGACCACAAAAAUUGCUAAUCCUACUUUUAAUCCUUCAGUAUAUGCCUCAGCAAUAGUGAUAAAUUAUACAGUGACACUAUCUGGACUAGAAGAUCAAUUAUUGAGUGUUGUUGUCAGGAAUGAGAGGCCUGACCUGGAAGAACAAAGAGAGUCCCUUAUAGCUGAAACUAGUGAAAAUAAAAAUUUACUGCAACAGCUUGAAGACUCUUUACUGAGAGAAUUGUCUACAACAACUGGUAAUAUGUUAGACAAUGUAGAACUGGUCCAGACAUUAGAAAACACGAAAAGUAAAGCUGCUGAAGUUAUGGACAAAUUAAAAUUAGCAGGUGAUACUGCAAGAGAUAUUGAUAGACUAAGAGAUGGUUAUCGGUCAGUAGCAAAACGAGGGGCCAUAUUAUUUUUCGUUUUAUCUGAUAUGGCCGGUGUAAAUGCUAUGUAUCAAUAUUCCUUAGCCUCUUAUUUGGAAGUAUUUGCAUUUUCCCUUAGAAAAGCCUUACCUCAUACCUUAUUGGCAAGACGUUUAAUGAAUAUUAUAAGCACUCUGACAAAAAAUGUAUACGAUUAUGGCUGCACUGGAAUUUUUGAAAAACACAAGCUGUUAUAUUCAUUCCAAAUGACUGCUAAACUGGAACUAAAUGAGAAACACAUUUCUCAAGCAGAACUGGAGUUUUUUAUUAAGGGCAGUAUCAGUUUGGAAAAAUCUACCCGUGAGUGUCCUGCAAGUUGGAUAUCAACCCAGGGUUGGGAAAAUAUAAUAAAAUUAUCGAGCGAUUUCCAAGAGUCUUUUGGUAAACUUCCGUUUGAAAUUGAGCACAACCUGGAGACAUGGAAAAAUUGGUAUGAUCUGGACACUCCAGAAUCGGUUGAACUUCCCGGGGAUUACAGUAAAAAAAUAACUCCAUUUCAAAUGUUAAUGCUGUUGAGAUGUUUCCGUAUAGAUCGAGUGUUUAGGGCGGUUGGCAAUUACAUUACAGAAGUUAUGGGAGAAGAAUUUAUAAUGCCACCCGUUAUAAGUCUUGAUAAUAUUUUUGAACAGAGUAGUCCUGUAACACCUGUAGUUUUUAUCCUCAGUCCUGGAUCUGAUCCUACAGCAGAAUUAAUGAAAUUAGGAGACAGGUGCGGUUUUGGAGGUGGAAAAUUUAAGUACCUCUCCUUGGGGCAAGGGCAAGAGCCAAUAGCUCUCAGCCUUUUAGACACAGCCGUAUCCAGGGGGCAAUGGCUAAUGUUUCAAAACUGCCAUCUUCUGUUAGCAUUUAUAAAAGGUUUAGAACAACAGCUGGAGAAAAUCGGCAAACCUCACCCGGACUUCCGACUGUGGCUUACUACAGACCCCGUUGGGACUUUUCCCAUAGGCAUUUUGCAGAGGUCUCUCAAGGUCGUCAUGGAACCUCCAAAUGGCUUAAAGUUGAAUUUACGGAACACUUAUUUCAAGAUGCCGGCACAAACUUUGGAAUCCUGUUCGCACCCAGUUUUUAAGAAAUUAAUAUAUGUUUUGGCAUUUUUCCAUGCUGUGGUUCAGGAGAGAAGAAGAUAUGACAAGAUUGGUUGGAAUAUUUGUUAUGAUUUUAACGAAUCUGACUUUAACGUUUGCGUGUUGAUCUUGAAUACGUAUCUCACAAAAGCCGUUAAGGCUAAAGACACUAGGCUACCUUGGAACAGCUUGAAAUAUUUGAUAGGAGAAGUAAUGUAUGGUGGAAGAGUGAUUGAUGAUUUUGACAGAAGGAUAGUUGGAACUUAUAUGAAUGAGUACAUGGGAGAUUUCUUAUUUGAUACUUUUCAGCCAUUCCACUUUUAUCAGGAUAGUUCCGUUGACUAUGUAAUACCAUCUGAUGGAACCAAAGAAGAAUAUAUAGCAUUUAUUGAUGAACUGCCAUUAGCAAAUAGUCCGGAGGUAUUUGGGUUACACCCUAACGCUGAAAUUGGUUACUACACCCAAGCCACUAAAGAAAUGUGGAACUUACUCAUUGAAUUACAACCACAAAGUUCGGCUUCGGGAGAAGGUAUAAGUAGAGAGGAAUUCAUUGCGUUGGUAGCUACUGACAUAUUGAAAAAGAUUCCAGAAACUUAUGAAAUUUGGAAGGUCCGAAGAUACUUCCAAAGAAUGAUGUCUCCGACAAUAAUCGUCCUCCUGCAAGAGCUGGAAAGGUUCAAUAAACUCAUAUCGACCAUGAGAAGGACUCUAAUUCAGUUGCAAAAGGCGCUGGCCGGCGAAAUUGGAAUGGAUAGCAUAUUGGAUAAUGUUGCUUACUCGUUGUUCAAUGGACAAUUGCCAAAUGUAUGGCGCAAGUUAGCUCCAGCCACCUGUAAGAAUUUGGGUGGGUGGAUGGAGCAUUUUGAAAUGAGACAGCAGCAAUAUUUUACAUGGUCCACAACAGGAGAGCCAACUGUCUUGUGGAUAUCUGGGCUUCACAUACCAGAGACUUACCUUGCUGCAUUGGUUCAAAUCGCAUGUCGUUUCCACAAUUGGCCACUGGACAGAUCUACGCUUUACACAUAUGUUACUGAGUACAUGGAUCCUGCAGAUGUAGCUAUGAAACCAACACAGGGAAACUGCUUGGUGCAUGGUUUGUAUUUAGAGGGGGCAGCUUGGGAUUUAGAAAACAAUUGCUUAAAGAGGUCUACACCAAAGGUUUUAAUAGAAAAAUUGCCAGUUCUUGGUGUAGUUCCCAUCGAAGCAUAUAGAUUAAAGUUACAAAAUACUUUAAGAACCCCUGUGUACACAACAUCUUUAAGGAGAAAUGCCAUGGGCGUGGGUUUGGUAUUUGAAGCAGACCUGAGAACCACCGAGCACAUAAGUCAUUGGGUGCUGCAAGGAGUUUGCUUAGUUUUAAAUACUGAUUAAGUCCACAAGAAUUUUUUAGUUUCAAUUUUUUAA